CCGGCAGUUGAGCUCAGCUGCCUUCCUGUUGCUCUUCAGAGGGUUACGGUUUCUGUUAACAAACGUUUGUUGUAGACAAUGUUUUGAAAGCACUGAAAAAAGAAAGAAGAAAAAAGAAGAAUGUGCCAGCAAGAAACCAAAUAAUUUUUAAUCGUUUCAACAACUGGGACGGGUCUGAGGCACAAUGAAUUCACCUGAACAACGUCCUUCCAAAAUAGAAGAAUGGAGUAAGGAACAUGUUUGUCGGUGGUUAAAGGAUGACCUCAAGAUUUACUACAAAUAUGCAAAUGCCUUAUAUGAGAAAGGUGUGUCAGGGGCAGAAUUACUUCACUUUGAAAAGGAACACCUUCUGGAACUGGGUAUAAAACAUGGCCCAGCGGUAAAACUUAUGGGAAAACUGCAAGAACACAAAAAGCAAUCAGAUCUAUCAAUACAGUCACAAUCUGUGAGAGCUGCAGCCAGUUCAAAUAUGAAGACUGUUGAGGACCACAACAUCUCAAGAAAAGGACAUAAGAGCAAAGCACAAAAAAAAUCUAAGAAGAAGUAUGAGAAUGAGAAGAAAUCAGCAGCUGAUGUUACGAAUGCUGGUUCUCAGGACAUUGAUGACAAAGAUCAAGAUAAAAAGGAGGACAUGGCUUUAGUUCAGCAGGCCUGUGAAACAGAUGAAACAGAAAGUCCAUGCACUCAAACAGUCCUUCAAAGAAGUAUUGAUCAUCCUCCAGAAAUGGAUGAGAACACAAAUAGAGCACCAAGACAGUCCAGCAGUUUUUAUCCAUUUGACAAGCACCAUGUACAUCACAUUUACACACAGCACUCUAUUCUUCCACCGGAGACAGGGCCAGGAAAUCUGAUAGAUCCAGUUCAUGAAUACAAGUACAUGGGUAGAACAGAUGACAUUGACACAAUAAAGAGGAAAUUCAACAAUGAGGUCUUUAGGUUUGCUGCUGGAUGCAUGAACUCUCGCACUAAUGGCACCAUUCAUUGUGGUGUGGCAGAUGAUUCAAAAGAAAUGCAAUUUUCCCACGGAGAAAUCAUUGGAAUUGAAGUUGACAAGAAAAAUGUAAUCAUAGACCACUUUAAUCAUGGCUUUAAGGCCUACUUUGAAGAAAUGGCUGAAGAUGCAAAAAUGUGUAUUCGACAGCCUCGCUUUGUAGACGUGAUGUGCACUGAUUCCACAUCAUCAAACAGAUAUGUCAUUGAGGUGGAUGUUGUUCCAAGUCAUAGUGUGACUCAGGGGAAGGACUAUUUUAUACAGUCUCUGUCUGAGGAGAAGGGGUGGAAAAAAGGCCAACAUUCCCUGUUUGUGCGGGAUGGGGCCUCAACCAAAGAUAUUAUGAAAAUUGGUAACCCUAGAGAGCUGAAAAUUGCUCUGCAAAAGUUGAAUGAAAAUACAAAGGUUUUAGACUCGAGAAGAGAACAGAUUGAACGACUGCCAAUUCCAAAAAGGGAUAGCAAUCAGGGGGAAAAGCUAAAGGACCUGUUAACAUGUGGAGGGGGCAGUUUGGAUUACUAUGAGAAUUUUGUGAUCAUUACAAACCAAAGUCACCCCGAGCAACUGAAACACCUACAGUUUCUAAGCAAGCUAAAAAUAUUCUGUGUCCUUGACUUUGAUCCUGACUCCGAAGUCAAAGGGUUAUGCAGGUUCUACAGAGAAACCAGACAUGCAAACCUUCAUUUUCCAGCCCAAUACCAGGAGGAUAGAGAAAUUGUGAUAAAAAACCUUAACUUGGAUAAACAGACCAGCUGGGUAUUUUGUAAUGGGAGGCAGGACCUUGACAUUGAAACCUGCAAGCCCAUGAACCACAGUGACUGGUUAAGAACAAGAGCCAAAGAAGUGCAAGACACAGUUUCAUUUCUUUGUAAACCUCAGGUUCUUCAAAAUGGAAGAUGUCUUGUGAUAUUUCUGUUACUCUCAAAUGUCGAGACCAUGAUUGACCCUGUUUUUGAGACCUUCAUUUCAUUCUACAAAAAUCUUGAAGGUGUGCACAACAUUGUCAGUAUCUUCACAGCAGAAAACACAUUUCAGACGUGGAAAAACUUCACUGAGUAUAGAUGUGGUAUUGAUAUCACAAGACAGUGUAUAUAUGAAUUAGACCUCAGUGAAGUAAAUGGGACAAUUAUGAAGAUGGGCCCUCACAAUCAGAGAUCAGGAAGAUUCCUGCCAUCCACUGGCUCCAGUUCAGUUUGCCUUGAGCAAAAGGAUGAAGACAUUAUGACAGCUCUGAACAUCCUGUGUGAAAAUGAAUGCGAGAACAUUUACGAUGAAAGCACUGAAGAAUUCUCAGAAUUCAGAAUCACAACGGAGGAAACAUUUUACCGUGGGGGCAACGCACAGUGGUGGAACUUCUACUUCUCAGACAAACCCAAGGCCAAGGAUUUCAUAAAAAGAGACAAAUAUAACAAACUUAAAAAUAUGAUCCAAACUGUGAGGACUAAAGACCCCACAUCUCCAUGUGUAAUGCUGAAUCUCUUUCACCACCCUGGCUGUGGUGGAACCACCUUAGCAAUGCAUGUCAUGUGGAACCUGCGAAAAGAGUUCAGAUGUGCAAUAUUGAAGGACAAUACCAUUGCAAAAAGUGAAGUGGCCCUUCAAGUCAGACAUUUGAUGAAGUGUGGGAAGACUGAUUCGUCUUUCCAAACACCUGUCCUCCUAUUGGUGGAUGACUCAGAGGAAACAGAAAAUACACAGGAGCUGCAAAAUUGUAUUCGGAGAGCAGUAGAUGAGAAAAAUUCUAUCCCACUUGUCAUCAUUCUGAACUGUGUACGUUCACAAAAUCCAAAAGAGCGGUACAAAUUCAGUCUAGUUGAAAGUAAUUACAUUACUACUGAACUGUCAAAAAACGAGCAGGAUCUUUUUGAGGAAAAGCUUCAAGAGCUCAAAGAAAAUCACAAGAAACCUGAAAACUUCUAUAGUUUCAUGAUCAUGAAGUCUAACUUCAGCAAGGAAUAUACUGACAAAGUAGUCUCCAACACACUAAAGGAUCUUGAUGUUGGUAGUAAACAAGCAGAGAUGCUUUCCUUUUUGGCAUUGCUGAAUUCAUUCGUAGCUCAUUCAAGCAUUUCUCUGUCUGUCUGUGAGGAUUUUCUUGGGAUCAAAUAUACGCUGACAUCAAGGGAAACUGUAGAGAACAGAAUGCACCCUUAUUCAACCUUACUAAUUCGAUUCAAGCCUGAGGGAGUUGGUACAUACUCCACAAUCCGUAUCCUUCAUCAACACAUUGCCACUCAGUGUCUGGAAGAGUUGGGAAAGCACUACAAACUAUCAAAAAGUGAAAUAGUCAUUAACUUGCUGCAUAAUGACUUGUUCUUCAGAACUGAAAUGGGAAAAGACAUACUCAUGGACUCAAUCCAUAGCAUGUUGAUCACAAGGCAAAGGAAGAAAGAAGGUGAUGAGAAAGACACUUUGUUUUCUCCUUUGAUUGAACAAAUCCAAGCUGAAAAUCCAAAUCAAAUCCAAACUAUCUUUGAAAUAGCAUCUUCAAGGUUUGAGAAACUUGCGGCCAUACCUCAAGCUCUGGCAAGGCAUCUGUAUCUCAUAGAGAAGGACUUCACCAAGGCAUAUGUUUGGGCGAAUAAAGCCAAGAAUAUUACAGAAAAUCCCUACACUGUUGACACAAUAGGACAGAUAUCCAAAAGUGAGCUAAAAUACAAAUUUGAGAUGGAAAAAACACAGAAAAAGGAUACUACCCCAGGACAUUUGAAGGUAUACAUUGAUUUGGCAAGCAAGGCUACACAAGCUUUUCAGAUGGCUCAGUGCUUGGCAAAAACUGAUGAGGUACCCGAAUUUGAAGGCUGCAUAAAGAAGCAGAGGUCUUAUAAUAUAUCUGGUUAUGUGGGAGAGAUAGAUACUGCCAUGAUGGUCUUUGAAAUUUUGUGCAGUCUUCCAUUUUUUGAAGAAAGUGACCAAAUAAGUCGCAAGUACAUGCAGAGUUUCCUAAAUGGAAAAAGACCAAUACGGAACAUUCUUAGUCAUGACUAUAAAUCCAACAACGAUUUUGCAGAUGUUCUUGAAAAUUAUGAACACUUCCUCACUGAUUUAAAACCCAGAGUAAAAGAAAUAUUUGAUUUCUUUGAGAUGUACUUCACCUACUUUAAAGACAGGAACGUUGAGCAAGAAAAACACUCAAUAAACAGGAAAAGGAUCUCCGAGCACUUCAAAAGGUACCUUUCACUGUUUUGUCAGUCAACUGAGGAGAGAUACAUGGAGCGAGAAAACAAACCAAAACUCAGCCUAAACCUGGAGAUUCAAGAACGCAGAUUGUUCCUGGAGGUAAACAGAGCAGACAGUUUCCCAGGGCUACUGCAGUACUUGGAAGACAGCGAUGAAAAGGAUAUAGAGAAGAUCACUGAAUGCUACACAUUUAUCAAUGACAAUUCUAUGGCUAUAAAUACCAAAGAUAAAACCAAUUACAUCCUAGCAAACAUAAUACUCAACCUCACUGUGCCUAAAUCCAAAUUUGUGAGAAGUCGCAAGGACCUGACUAGCCUUCUGAAGGAAAUUCUGCAAGAUGUGGGAACACAACACCGCUACCCAGAGCCAUACUAUCUGUCCUUACUUUUGCUUUGGCCAGAGAAGAAUAUGAUUGAUGCCAACAUCACAGUCUAUGUGAACUCAAUCCGAAAAUCAUCCAGGAAACAGCUGUCGCACCUGUUCCGCAAAAGAAAUACGAUUGCUCACUUCUACCUGGGGAAAUCUGAGGGACUACAGAGGCUUGUUCCCAAACCUGAACUUGACAAUUCCAUUCCCAAUGUGAGACAACGCAAUGCCCUUUGGCAGAGUGCAGACAUCUUUAAGGGGGAGCUCAUCAAAAAAAGGUUACUCAGAGUGAAUGGAAUGAUUGAGAAUGGAGAGGCUUACAUAAAUUAUGGCAAACUAAAAAUCCCAGUGCGGCCAGCUUACCUUGGUGGAGUCAGAAGUGGGUACAGCACAGAAAAUGUGUCCUUCUAUGUUGGCUUCGCUAUUGAUGGUCCAUUGGCAUAUGAUAUCCAAUAUGAAACCUACUCGGAGACUACAAGGGAGGACCUGGACCAGCAUGUCUGAGACAAGCAUCUCAAAUGCACAAGCUUUCUCAAUUGAGUAUUCCACCAAACGAUUUUUCCAGAAGUUGAGGAGCAAUGCAAACAGUUAGAUACAAAUCUGCUCAUUGCUAUUUUUAGAGUUAGACUCUGUUCAUUUUAUUGUUUUUAUUUAAUGUUUUGCCAGUUUCAGUUUGAUUCAACAAAAUACAGAUGUAGGCCACACUGUUGCUACUUUUGUUUGGCUAUAUGAGCCGUUUAUUGUUGUUCCUACAGAUAUGUAUAUCAUUACUUUGCUCUGUGUUGUAUAAAAACAAUUUUAUGGAUAUGUUGUACAGUCAGCUACUGCUUCUUUCACUCUCCAUAAUCAUUGUUUUGGAGCACAACAUUCAUGCUCAGCUGAUGCAGACAGACUGCAGCUGUACAUUUGUACAGAGGAUCACUAGUGCCCAAGGCUUCCAUCCAUUUGCAGAUCUAUGGCCAAAUGCAUCAUCCUCUGGUAUGUCCAGCCAUAGGUGGUACUAGUAAAUUCAGGAUGAUUUCCAGACUAUGGAAUGUAUCAUUGCACAUCUGAAUAGUGCUUUCUCAACAAGCCACAUCAAUUAGCAGGCAACCUAAAAUUAACCACUCUCAGCUUGGAAAGAGAUAAAGAAUUACAAACUACAUUGUGCAUCUAUGUGUGGGUUUAUUAUAACAUUUUAAGGGUAUUUAUCUUGUGAUGAAAUUGUACUCAACCAAACUAUGUAACCAAUAUAUCUAUUUGGUGUUUAUAUGCUUCAUUAAUACUAAGAUUGUCUUUUUAUAACAAUGAUUUUAAAUUUUUUGUUUUACAAUGAUUUAAAAAAUAUAUUAAAUGGAAGCCAUGUAUCAAUAAAAUUUUAAUUUUGUAAAAA